AUGGCAGUCGCCAUCCACCAACUCCAUGCUUCCCAGCCAGCUCCAACAGACAGAGGAGCUUCGCUUUUCUCUCCUCGAAGAGCGCGUCGAUGCCCUCUCCCUUCAUCUCUAGAAACUAAGCUCCUCGCAUACCUCCUCUCCUGGCCCACCGUCGCCAGCCGUCUCCUCCCAGAGCCAGACUCUGAUGAGCACCCACGAAGCCACCAACCGUCACGUUCCGACCGCGCCUGGCUUCGAAAGCCUGGUCCUUCCACCAAGCUCGCACUCCGCAUCAUCGAUAUCAUCCAGCGAUAUGGCCAAAACAGCAGCUCAUCGGAUAUUCCAUGGGCGGGCAAAGUAAAAUUCCUCCCCCUCGUUGAGAAGUACGUCAAGAACAAUGAGCCGGUGCGGAUGGUGCUGCCCGCGUUCCCAUUCAAGAGCCCGAACCGGGUCGACAAGGUCCUGGGCUCGCUGCCAGAUCUAGGAGAAGAGCUAGCGCUAAUGCACCUGAACGGGCUUUGUGAAAGCAUUCGGGAAAUAUAUGAGUAUGGUGCUACUGUAACCAUUACUUCCGACGGGCUGGUAUACAAUGAUCUGAUGGGUAUUGAAGACAGCGAGGUUUGGGAGUACUCGACUGCGGUGCGCGAUAUCAUCAAGGCGAAGAAUCUGAGGCACAUCAAUACUCUCCGAAUCGUUGACAUACUCGGCACACAUGAGAGUACUAGCAAGGAUCUGACAAGAGAGGAGUAUUUGGCGCAUGCAGGAUGCUAUCGUCGAGAGCUGAUGGCGAAGUUUGAGCCGGCGGAUUUUGAUAGCAGGGAGGCUGUGAGGAACGAUAAGGAUAUUUGUAUGACCUACAAGGGGUACAUCAAGUUCCUGACCAAGGAUCUGGCGCACAGCAGACUGACGAAGGCGAUGAUGGAUGGAAAAAUCUCGAAGAGGCGGUUCAAGAAAGCAAUUGAGCAGUUAGCGUUGAAGAUGAUUAUUCGUGGCAAGACUUUCGCCGCUGCCAUUGCCUUCAAGUGCGCCAACUACGUUCGUCUUUCUAUCCAUGCCUCCACUGGCGAAACAAAGCUCACGGUCCCCCUCAUCCCUCCCCCAAAUGGCGGCUACAUUAUGACACCGUGGCACUCCAGCAUCGCUGUCGGCGUAGAUGGCUCCUUUCGCACUGUGCACGCCGACGAAGUCCGCGACACACACGAACUGAUGUAUCGAGACGGGCGUCCCUAUUACUACCGCGAGAAGUCGCCGCUGUACGACCUCGGCGCGACCACACUCAAAGUUGAGUUCGAGUACCUUUACCCGUGCGGGCUUAUCAUCCACGGGAUUCCAGAUGCUGCUGGCGUAAAGCCAUCGUUCCGCGAUGUUGACGCCGGGAAAUUGAGAGCACUAGCACAAUUGCAGUCUCUAGUGGUGCUGCGUGGCUUUGCGGAGACGACGAAUCGCGAGAUCUUCAUCAGCCGUGCGCACGAGCUUGGGGAAGUACAGCCGUGGACGUUUGGGACCCUGCAACAGGUUAAAGACAGUGGGCGCAAAGAUAAGCUGGAGAAUAACGUUACUAGCUCCGAGGCCAUGGCCAUGCACUAUGAUGGCGUGUUCAAGUACAUGACGCAGAAAGAUGAGAAUGGGGUUGAUAUGCUUGAUGUCAAUGGGAACGAGAUCAAACUGCAGAAGCCACCGAAAUUCCAAUUCUUCACCUGCAUCGCGACGGCCCCGAAAGGCACCGGACACACCCUCUUCGCCUCCUCGCGCCUCUUCUUCAAGUAUCUCCCGCACCCCUACACCGUCGAACGCCUCGAAGCCGUCCGCUGGCGCAUGGACACCGACGGCUUCUGGGACAGCAAGAUCGCAAACCUCCCCCUCGUCGUCCGCCAUCCCGUUAAUGGCACCCCAUGCGUGCGCUGGCACGAGCCAUGGCCUGCAAGCAAGACCAAGUUCUCGGCAUUCCAAACCACCAUCGAGAACGAUUCGCAGGAGAUCUGCGACGUUGUAAACUCGCUGCUGUAUGACCGUCGCGUGACGCUGCGUUUCGAGUGGGAGCAGGGCGACAUCUUGAUCAGCGAUAACACGGCUAUGCUGCAUACGGGAACCGCGUAUACGGGCGAAGAUAUCAACAACCAGCCCUACUCUCCUUCGUGAGCCGACUUGGUCUUAUUGACAGUCCAUCGCCUCAAGCGACUAUGAUUUCUUCAAGACUGACAGCAGUCGAGGCUCGGGAUGGGUUUUCAAAGGAGGUGGG